GUGAAGCAGCAAGGAAAAAGCCUCUGUAAGAUCACAAAUUGUUGUGUGUGUGUGUUUUUGUAAAGCAAAAAGUUUAGAAGCAAGAAGGCAUGGCUUCCUCAGUUGUGUCAUCAGCGGCUGUUGCCUCGGUGAACCGUGCUUCACCGGCUCAAUCAACCUUGGUUGCACCCUUCACCGGCCUUAAGUCGGCCUCGUCAGCCUUGCCAUUCACCCGCAAGACCAACAAUGAUAUAACCUCCAUUGCAAGCAAUGGUGGAAGAGUUCAAUGCAUGCAGGUUUGGCCUACAACAGGUAAGAAGAAGUUUGAGACUCUGUCUUACUUACCCCCACUUAACCCUGAGCAAUUGGCCAGGGAAGUAGACUACCUUCUCAGGAGCGGUUGGGUUCCCUGCUUGGAAUUUGAAUUGCAGCAUGGAUUCGUGUACCGUGAGAACCACAGAUCCCCCGGUUACUACGAUGGACGCUACUGGACCAUGUGGAAGCUUCCCAUGUUUGGAUGCACAGACUCAGCACAAGUGUUGAGUGAGCUUGAGGAGGCCAAAAAGGCUUACCCAAAUGCCUUCAUCCGUAUCAUUGGAUUCGACAACAGGCGUCAAGUCCAGUGCAUCAGUUUCAUUGCCUACAAGCCUCCUGGCUUUUAAGCACUAAACCCAUCUAAUUCAUCCCCAUCACCCAUCAGUAAUGUUUUUUCUGGUUUGUUUGUGUUUUGGUUUUGUAGCUUUUCAUUUUUCUUUUUCCCCUUGUGUUCUUCAACUCAGUAUGAGCUUCUGUCAUGCCCAUCUGAACUGAGGUGUUUGGUAAAUUUGAUGGAUUUUUAUGUCUGUUUAUGAACAUCAAUUUCACAUAUUGUUGCAACUUCUUUAUUUA